AGCAGAAAAGACUGAGAGUAAUAUAAUAAAAUGACAUCACAUACCAGCAUUUGAGGACAUCAUGAAGCUCUUAUAGAAGACCCAGUGCCAUGGUGGAAGAGGAACCACUGCUACAGAUGGUGAAGAUGUCAGCGGUCACAGUAACUGAGAGUUGGGAGAAGAUGGACUUGAUGUACAUCUCCAUCGAGUGCACUAUCGCUCUGGCGUCCGUGCUUGGGAACGUGCUGGUGGUCGUGGUGGUUUGCAUGAAUCAGGGUCUUAGAGACCCGACCUUUUGUUUUAUUGUUUCUCUGGCACUGGCCGAUAUCGCAGUUGGUGUUCUCGUUAUUCCACUGGCGGUGGUCAUCAGCUUGGGUCUUAACACGCAGUUUUACACCUGCCUCUUCAUUUCCUGCCUCCUCGUCACCAUCACCCAAAGCUCCAUACUGUCCCUGCUGGCCAUCGCCAUCGACCGCUUCCUACGUGUUAAAAUCCCAACCAGGUAUAACAUCAUUGUUACACAAAGGCGGGCUUGGGUAGCUGUGGGUUUGUGCUGGCUCAUCUCAUUUCUGACCGGUUUAGUGCCGAUGGCCGGUUGGCACCAUACCCCACCCGGAAACGUCAGCACAACGUCCAUCGAAUGCCAGUUCACCAACGUCAUGCGCAUGGAUUAUAUGGUGUACUUCAACUUCUUCGUUUGGGUGGUGGCGCCCCUGAUCAUCAUGACCGGGCUGUACGCCGAGAUCUUCCGCGUGAUCUCCCGCCAGCUCAACCGUCGAGCCGAGGCUACUUCCGACUCGAGCAAGUACUACCGCAAAGAGCUCAAACUUGCCAAGUCGCUAGCACUAGUUCUGUUUCUGUUCGCGGUCUGCUGGCUGCCGCUACACAUUAUGAACUGUAUUGUGUUUUUUUGCCCAACAUGCAAAGUGCCCAAGAUUGCUUUUUAUGUAGGUAUCUUUAUGUCGCACAUCAACUCCGCACUCAACCCGCUGGUGUACGCUUUUCGCAUCCAACGCUUCCGUGAUACGCUGAUUCAAAUCGCCCAGCGAUUUGUGCUCUGUAAAACCACAUCUGCUGUCCCGGGACAGCGCGGCCCUGGUCCGAUCACAGAGAAAACCCAAAUUCAGUAGCAACUAAGACUAAUAGGAACAGAAGACUUUCGAUAUAGCCUACAAAGACUGUGACGCAAUGCGCAAUAUGGCGGAAAAAGUCCCGUCUUCUAAUUCAAAGAGCCAAUCAGCAUUUAGUAAAGACAUUGCAACUCUGCAGCUACCAUUAGGAGCUUCGGUUGCAAUAGAAACAGUUUUGAGAGGUGCACUUAGGACUGUAUAUGUGCAUCCAGACUGAAAUAUAAGCUUUUUAAUGCUAUUUGAGCAUAAGCCUCUCAGAUUUUGCUGAUUUCCCCAUUCAAGUUCCCUAUCCAGACUUGGUCAUGGAUGCCCAAAACAGCUGCCCAAAGACAUUGCAAAUAUGGAACUUUCGCCCACUGUCUGGGUUGCAUUUCUCCAUCUUACAUUCUAUUUCUGUGCUCUACAUAAUGGAAAUGGCAGUGAACUACUGUAAUUUGACAUCACCGCAGUUCAUGCACCUGAAUCAGAUCUUUAAAAGAGCAAAAAAUGCCAAAAGAGCAGUUGUCUACACUGUGUGUCUGGAAAUAUGCCAAGUUAUAAUGCCCUUCUCCAUCAUUUGAUGAAUUACCAUUGCCAGGAUGUCUCGAAAAUGUACACAAACAUCGCUUUUCCAGCGUAAUUGCGUCAAGCAAAUGGCAAGUUUUGUGAACAUUCAAUAAUAAGCCUUAUUUGCUUUGCAAGGAGGCGUGUUUGCACUGGACAAAAUGACAAUAAUUUGAAUAAAAUAUUCAAAGCAUGAUGCUAUACUGCACCAGGUUAAGUUGGAAAACGGUGAAUAAGACAUUGUUUUUUUUCGUACUGACAUAUGGAAUGUAAAAGCUGUGCAACUGUAUAGUAAAUUUACCACUGAGUUCAACUACGGACUUCAACUACUUUGCUAAAAAAAAAUGCAGCU